AUGCAAUAUUAUAAUUCGACGGAAUCGACGCCGACGAAUAUUAAUGAAUUGCCCCUUAUGCCUUACAUUAAGUAUGAAACCACCUCGUAUUUCAACAGCAGUAUUGAAAAUGCUUCUGAUAAGGAAGUUGCUUUAAAAAGGUUGCAAAAUUUUUGUAAUGGACCCAUGACAGUAAUAGAAGAUACUGAAAAAAAAUUGGUCAAUGAAUAUGAUAUUUCUGAGGAAGAUAAUACCGAGUUUGAUAUUGAAGCAUUAUAUAGUCCUUGCGAUGACAGUGACGCCGAUAAAAACUACCAGCCUAGCGGCAGCAGUAGCGAAUCAGAAAAGGAAGAAGAAACACAAAAAAGGAGUAACAAAAAGAGGAAAAUUUUGUCCGAACUAGUAAGAAUAGAUGCAUCUGAAAAUGUGGAAGACGAGGGUAAUGUCAAUAAUAAUAGUUCUGGAGGAAAUAGAGAUAAGGAAAAUGAAACCACAAAAAGGUUUUCAAUGAUCGAGAAAUCUUAUCAGUUAGAAUCUACAGAAAAUAAUAUGCCUGGAACCAGUGGAACCAGCACCAAAAAGAAAAAAUGUCGUCGUACAGAGCAAGAAAAAGUUGAACAUGGUAAAUUAAAACAUCCGAUGAGAAAUCUGUGUUCAGGAAAAUGUAAAAGGGAUUGUACCAAGUUAUCAGAUGAGGAUAGAAAUAAGAUAUGGGAUCACUACUGGAAUUUAAACUAUACAAGUAGAAGAAAGUGGUUAAGCAAACAUGUUUCACUUGUUUCUGUUAAGCGUAGGAUAUUGUCAGCAUCUAGAAAUAGAUCAGAGUCCAGACGAUUUUCUUUGCCUCUUGCUGAUUCGAAAGACGUUCAAGUUUAUCAACUUACAUUUCUAAAUACCCUAGGAUACACCAACGAUUCUGUAAUAACUGAACUGGUGCGAGCUAUUAAAAAGAAACCCUGUGGAGAAAUGGUAAAAGAAUGUAGGGGAAACCAUAAAAAAGCAAUUGACCCAACAUUCAUUAAAGCCCAUAUUGAAUCAUUUCACCCAUUUGUCAGUCACUAUCGCCGAAAAAAUGCACCACUACGUAGAUACCUGUCGAGGGAAUUAACUAUUGAUAAACUGUACAAUGAUUUCAAUGAAAAGAAUCCUAAUACAUGUAAAGUUGAGACUUACAGAAAAGUUCUAAAAGAUAUGAAUAUAUCCAUGUGUCCUCCUAAAUCCGAUGUAUGUGAAGAGUGUGAGACAAUGGAAAAUGAUGAUGAUGAUCAAGUGAGGCAAAAACUACAUACACAUAAACUAAGAGCUGCAAAGGCUACUUCACAAUAUAAGAAAGAUGCAGAAGAGGCAUCUACUUCUGAAAAUGCUACGUUGAAACGUACAUUUUCAAUGGACUUACAAAAAGUUAUGCUCCUACCCAUAAUGCCUGCUUGUAAAAGCUCUUUUUUUAUUAGCAGGCUAGUAAUAUUUAAUGAGACUUUUGCAACAUUAAAUAAGGAGAGCCGCAAAAAAAGUUAUUGCGUUUUAUGGCAUGAGGCUCUUGCCGGCAGAAAGGCAGAGGCGAUUGCUGAUUCGAUUUUAAAAUUAAUGAAUCAAGAAAGGGAUGCGACCGAAUUUCUGUUUUGGGCAGAUAACUGUACAGCCCAAAACAAAAAUUGGGUGUUAUUUACAACUCUUGUAAAUGCAGUUAAUUUACCAACUGGCCCAAAUAAGAUAACAAUUAGAUACCUCACCAAAGGUCACACCCAUAUGAGCGCAGACGGAAUACAUGGAAAUAUAGAAAGAAAAAUAGGGCGGAAACGAACAAUUACUGACUUUCAGGAGCUCGUAGAAGUUAUUCAGGCAUGCAGGAAAAAUGUCGAUGUCCUUCAACUAACCGAAUUUCAUUUAUGGCAAAAUAAAAAGAGAAUCACAAGGAAGCCGGAUGACCCAUUGAAAGGGUUUCUUAUAGGUGAGCUGGUUGAAGUAACUUUUUGUAAAGGAAGUAGAAACAUAAAAUAUAAGCUAGAUUUUGGAGGCGAAGAAAAAGAGUUAGAUUUUCUACAAAAAAAAGUUAAUUUACCUAUUGUUCCUGAAAUUUUACCAGCAAGAGGAAUUUCCGCUUCUAAAAAAGAAAAAAUUUGUAAAGUUUUGGUUCCUUUAAUGCCUUUAAAUCGAAGAAUAUUUUGGGAAUCUCUUCCAGAGUCUCAAGGGUCUUUAGAUUUACUGAAUGCCGAACAAAACAUUGAAAGCCCGCAGGAUGAUUCGUAA